UGCCAGCCUGUGUGUGUGCCUGCCAAACACCUGGGAGUGGUUCAGGGUAAAACCCAGCCCAGGACGCUUGCAGAGGCUUGUUAGAGAAAGUGGGAAGAAGUUUAAAAAAAGUUCUGGAUGGAACAAAGAUAAAUACUUGAUAUCUGUGUGGCAGGAGUGAACUUCACACAAAACCCUACCACCAACUCCUAUCUGGUCUUCUCAAGGAACAUUUUACAUUUAUUUGUGCAAAAUCAAAACUUUCUCCUGAGUUUCACUUGGACUUCAGCAUGGAAUGGAUUUCUUAACAAGGCAAACAGAAGAUUCACGAGGAAGUCCAGGAGACAGAGUUAUAACUGAAACCAUAUCAACAACCAGACUCACAUCAUUACCACCAAAGGGCUUCAGUGGAUCUAGCAGUAAGAGUAUGAGUAACAGCUCUUGGGGAAGCAGCUUUGAGAAGAAUAUUCUAAACCACAAUAGUAGCACCAAUUCCUACUUGCCUUCCUCCUCAGUUAGUGUAAAUGCUGGGGGAUCAGGGUUAGACUAUGCCCUGUUACUGGGAGAUGACUACACUGGGAGCAGCAGGAGUGGAGGAGGACGCGGAGGCAGUACAGGAAUUGAAAGUGUUUCUGGAAAAGAGUCUGGGUUGAAGAGCAGGUCCAGCUCAUCGGGCUUGAGAAGGACACAAGGUUCAUCCUCCUCUAUUAACCACUCUCCCAUUUUAUUGGAGAGAAAAACUACCCUCAGUCACUCAGGGGGUUAUGAUGGAAGUUCAAGCGCCAAUUCAUCACCAGAGCUCACGAGGAAGGACUAUGGCUCAUCUAGAGGAAGAUCCCAAAACAGAGAGAGUGAGAUCAGGGUCAGAUUACAGAGUGCAUCUCCAUCAACCAAAUGGACAGAGCUGGAAGAUGUGAAGAAAUUAGUGAAGAGUGGACGAUCGUCAAGUGUCAGCCCCACUCGCUCCACAGCCUCGUCCACUCUGCCUGUUCCACGCAAAGCUAAAGUCGAGACCAAAAUCAUCAAACAAGGCAGUCAAACUGCCUCAGGGCAGUAUGACACCACUAUUCUGGACUCAGCACUUCCAUCGUAUACAUGGACCAGCUCCACACUGCCCUCUAAUGCUUCUGGCAACUCUGCGUUUGCUUAUCAAAGUAGCACCAAUAACAUGUCACCAGGAUCUUCUCUUUUAAACACCACUUCGCCAUCCUCUCUAUCAGUGUACGGUUUCCAGAAUAAUCUUGCCACACCAUCUGGUACACUUCUCACAUCGAAUACAGUUAACACACAUUCAGGAUACGGUGUGCAGAAAAACAUUUCUCAGAGUAUUGGUAGCUCUGGCGUUGUUAGUACAGGAGUUUCUACUUCUACAGACACAACUACACACUCCGUUAAAGAUGACAUGCGACGAAAAUAUAUUAUACUUGAGAAGGAGAAUGUUCCUUCAAAAAAAGAGACAGAAGUGCUUGUUCUGUCAAAGGACAGCGGGAAGCAGUUCUCCAGCACAUCGUAUGGAAAAGGAGGGUCUGUUUCGGACAUCUCACUGAAGAAGGAGGCUGUAGCAAGCAGCUACCCUGAGACAUCUCCUGUCAAAUUAAGUUCAAGCUCCUACUAUGGAUCUUCAUCAGCCCCUACUAAAGAUAAGGCUACAUAUGCAGAGAUCUAUAAGGAGAAGAAUGGUGGAAAAGGAGGAGGCGGUUGUUUUGACUGUGGUCCGAGCUGCUGCUCCUGGUGGAAGUGGCUGCUUGGACUGCUGCUUAGUCUUCUGCUGCUCCUCGGCCUUCUUUUUGGACUUAUCGCUCUCGCUGAGGACAUGAGAAAGAUGAAAGAGCGUGUAGAUGCUCUUCAGAACCUGGUUCAAGGCAGGUUCAAGGCUCAAACUAAUCGCCUGACUGGACAGAACAUUCACAAUCAAAGGUCAGCAUAUAUGGACAUGGAAAACGAUCUGGCUACUUCUGAUAACACAGUGAACUUGGGAGCUGCUACUUCCUCAGACUCGGCAUCCCUGAGAACAAUACAGAACCUUCUACAAACCGAGCUGCAGUCUGAGACUUUCCGAGCUAGCCUUGCUUCCACACUCAAAGGAGAAAGAGGACUGGCAGGGCCUAAAGGUGAAACUGGAGCUCAAGGACCCAAAGGGGAUAGCGGUUUCCCAGGUAUACCAGGUUCUCCAGGGGCAAUAGGACACCCAGGACCUGAAGGACCAAAAGGACAAAAGGGAAGUGCAGGCGAGCAUGGUGGAGAGGGGCCACCAGGAAUCAGGGGCCGAGAUGGAUUACCAGGGCAGCGAGGAGAGCCAGGACCUGCAGGUGCUGGAGAAAAGGGUGAAAGAGGCUCUUCUGGAGAACCAGGCGCUCGUGGCUUUCCAGGUUCACCUGGUCCACCGGGUCCAAAAGGUUCAGCAGGUCUUAAUGGUUUGAUGGGUGCUGCAGGUGAACCUGGUUCACAAGGUUUCAGAGGAGAAGCAGGACCUGCAGGACCUAAAGGGGACAGAGGACCUCAAGGACAACAAGGAAUUAAGGGUGAUCACGGUGAAAAGGGAGAUCCUGGUGUGCCAGGUUUCCCAGGGGCUCCAGGAAAACCAGGAACUAAUGGUGAGAAAGGAUCCAGAGGAUCGACAGGGACUUCAGGUGCAGAUGGUGAAAAGGGCCAAAGAGGUGACCAAGGUCCAAUUGGGAUGCCAGGAAUCAGAGGCCCAGCUGGACCACCUGGUGAUGCUGGAUCUCAAGGACCACCAGGACUUCAAGGACCUCCAGGCAUUGCAGGACUUCCUGGACAGCCUGGAGUUAAAGGUGAAAAUGGUGAACCUGGCAGAGUAAUCAAUGCAGCUGGCUACAGCUCUGUGGCAAUUCCUGGACCUCCAGGGCCAGCUGGACCACCUGGACCUGCUGGACCUCCAGGGCUGUCAGGCCCUGUUGGUCCUGCUGGAAUUCCUGGACAAGCAGGUCCUAAAGGUGAAAAGGGUGAUCAAGGAGAGGCUGGGAUCACAGUGGAAAGAACAGAGACCUCGGUUAGAGGAGAAAGAACCUAUGGUUCAUUAGAUGCUACUCAAGUUAUUCAGGGACCACCUGGACCACCUGGUCCCCCUGGACCUCCUGGAGCUCCAGGAUAUGGCACACCUGGCCCGAGAGGAGAGAAAGGAGUGAAGGGAGAGCAAGGGAGUUUUGUGCCCAACUCAGGAACAUUUUUUGCUGGACCACCAGGACCACCUGGACCUUCAGGUCCUAAAGGAGACACAGGACCUCAAGGACCUAGAGGAUAUCAAGGUGAUCCCGGGCAGCCUGGCCUACCUGGAAGGCCAGGGGGAUCAGAAAUCAGAAACUCUGGAGUUCAAGGACCACCUGGGCCACCUGGACCUCAAGGGCUGCCAGGUCAACAGGGCCCUAAAGGGGACAGUGGCAUUCCCGGUGCCCCAGGGAUCCCAGGAACAUCAAGAGGAUCCGGUUCUGUCGGGGUUUCAGGGCAGCCUGGGCCCCCAGGGCCUCCAGGACCACCUGGAUCUCCUGGACACUCCAUAUCUACAACAGAUUAUCGACGUUACAUUAUUGACUUCAUGCAGAGUGACAGCAUGAGGCAGCAUUUAUCUAGUAUCCAGGGCCCACCUGGUCCUCCUGGGGCCUCAGUGUCUGUUGAGGAUGUGGCAUCUCGGGUUAUUGCAUACAUUCAGCGCUCUGGAUUGACUGGAUCCCCUGGUCCUCCGGGUCCUGCUGGCUCUGUAUCUGUUAGUGAUAUCAUUGCAUUAUUACAAAGAGAUGAUGUUAGGCGGUAUGUAACUGGCCCUCCAGGACCACCUGGCCCUUCAGGAAGUAUAAAUCUGGGCAACUUUGACACACAGGAAGUGGCAAACUACGUUCUGAGAUUAAUGAGUGAUCGAGGGUUGACAAGUAGAUCUGGACUUCCUGGUCCUCCUGGACCACCUGGUCCACCUGGCCAGCCAGGCUCCACCUACAGUGACAUCACUGCUUUGAUUGAGAGGUCAGGUCUUAGAGCAGGUCUUCAAGGUCCCCCUGGUCCUCCAGGAAGACAAGGCCUACCUGGUCCAGUUGGUCCCCCUGGAGCCCCCGGCUCUUCAAGUUCAGGAUACAGAUUUGAAGACAUCCAGGCCUACAUACAAAAUUCUGGCUUACGGGGUGCCCAGGGUCCACCUGGCCCCCCGGGACCUCAAGGGCCCGCGGGAGACUCUAGGGCACUUGACAGAGCCAGUCAGAGAGCAAACAUUCGUGCUGAGCUUCAGGAGUAUCUCAGUAGUGAUGCUAUGCGGCGUUAUAGCUCAAUUCUUCCUGGACCUCCUGGUCCUCCAGGACCCCGUGGUGAAAAAGGGGACCGUGGUGAAUCUGGGUACAGUGCAGGCGGUGGCUACUACUAUUCUCCUGACCGUAAUGGAGUCAGGUUGGCUGAAACAGACUACUCCAAUGUUGCUCAGAAAGUCACUGACUACAUUCGAAGCCAGGGUGUACUGCAGGAAAUGAAUGACAAUUAUUGGCAAUCUCAUUUCCAUGGAAUUCAAGGUCCUCCUGGUCCUGCUGGUCCACCUGGUCAGCCUGGAUACAGCCGUGUUUUUUCUACCUAUGGAAAUAUCACUGCAGAUCUCAUGGAUUUCUUCAGAACACACGGUACUAUUCCCGGGCCACCUGGUAGGCAAGGACAUAAAGGAGAAAUAGGAUACCCUGGGCCCAAAGGAGAAAAAGGGGAGAUGGGAAGACAAGGAACACCUGGUGUUCAGGGACCAAGAGGUCCAGAGGGGCCAAGGGGUCAAAAGGGUGAGAAAGGUGAAAUCCAGAUUGGUCGCCGCAGAAGGAGUCUUGGUGUGUAAAGGCUUAUAUUUCUGUUUUGGUCAUGAACAUUCUCUUCUUGGUGGCUUUUGGCUAUAUAAUGAAGCAAUUUAGAAAGGGACAGCAUGUGACAUGCAUCUAUUCUAUUAUCAUGCAUCUAACUCUAUUCAAUAUACGUGAUCUAACUUUCAGAACAGUGUUUAAUCCAUAUUACC